GAAGCUCAGUAUCAAUACGAAUAAUUCGCUCGAAAUUAUUAGAUAAGUAAAUGACCACUAGCUAGUACUAAUGAUUUUUCCAAAAACAGUGAGUGGUAUCAUCAUCGACAAUAAUAAUAUCAUUUAUAGUAUUACCUAACAAACCAUUAUCUCUCUUUCUCUUUAUCUCACUUUUGUUCUAUUAUUCUUCCGUGUAAUAAAUAAAAAGCAUAAUUCACAAAAUCAUCAAACAAGAAACACAACUACACAAAAGAAACAAGCAACAAGUAGGAGAGCUAGACUAUAGCUAGAGAUGCAUUACCACGGCUGCUGCUGCGGACGGUGCAGAGUCUCGACGUCUCCGUUGCCGGUAAUAGUGAUGAUCACGGUGGCCCUCGUGCUCUUAGCCCUCUCCUCCGUCGUGAAAUUCGAGGUAGCUGUGUCAUCGGGGGAGGAUCUGCUGAGCUGGCUCCUCCUCGCCGCGGUACCAUUGGGUCUACUGUUCGCCGUGAGAUGUCUCUCUUGCCUUGAGACGACGUCGAGGCGAUCUACUUACUACUGUCCAUGUGGUCGCUGGAGAUGCGUUUGCUACUACUGAUUAAGUCUUUGUCUUG